CAGAGAAACUUGAUUAACAGAAUUCUGGCUGUGCAAACGGCACAGCACAAUCGUUGUUUGUCUGAAUCGAAAACUGGUUGACAAGUUAAUAUGUCGGACAACGAAAACCAUGCGGACUAUACAUACAACGAAUCCUCUGCAAAGACCAAGCGCAGGUUCAGGGACAGGUCCAAGGUAAGUGUAUCUGUUUUUGAUUGUUAUAAUAAUAUGGGUUUGUUAUUGUUUUGGAUCAAAACGAAGGAGGUAUUGUCCAAACAAGCUGUUAAGAUAGCCAAACAAGCUGAAGAACACGAAAGGUUCAUCAACAAGGUGACUCAUCUAUUGGGGGUUCUUAGCUUUGGUGGGUUUUGCUUUCUGUUGGGGGCAAGACCACAAGACGUUCCAUUAGUAUAUUGUUUGUUCUAUGUCGUCUUUGUUCCUCUUCGAUGGAUAUAUUAUAGGUUCAAGAAAUGGCACUACUAUCUCCUGGAUUUUUGCUACUAUGCCAAUACAAUCUUUUUGGUUGACCUCCUUUUUUACUCAAGGAACGAAAAACUUUUUCUUGUUUGCUUUUCUUUUGCUGAGGGGCCAUUAGCAUGGGCUUUGAUUGUUUGGCGCUGCAGCUUGGUUUUCAGUUCUGUUGACAAAAUUGUUAGUGUUCUUAUCCAUCUUUUACCAGGAAUGGUUUUCUUUACCAUUCGAUGGUGGAAUCCUGCAACCUUAGUAGCCAUGCAACCAGAGGGAACGGGUGGAAGAGCUGCAUGGCCGUGUAUUGAAGAUAAAACCUUUCUCUGGACAUGGCUGUUUCUGGUUCCCUUAGCAGCUUACACGCUCUGGCAGGUUAUGUAUUUCCUCAUUGUCAACGUCUUGCGCCGGCGACGGCUUUUAAGAGAUCCUGAAGUCAUGACUUCUUACAGAGAACUCUCCAAUAAAGCACAGAAAGCAAACAACAUGUGGUGGCGCUUAAGUGGCAUACUUGGGGAUCAAAAUCGCUUGCUAAUGUACAUUGUUCUUCAAGGGAUAUUUACUGUGGCAACCACGGCACUCACUGUUCCCAUAUUCUUGUCAUAUGAGUUGUCUGUAGUUUUCCAAAUACUGAAGGUUUCUGCAGCAGUAUGGAAUGGGGGGAGCUUUCUGUUAGAUGUAAUGCCUAGGCAGGUAAUUCUCAAGGAGAAAAAGAAAUCAGAGAUGCAACCUGUUCAAAUUCAAAAGGAUCAGUGACAGAUGACGAUGUAAAAUGAUAGGAAGUUCAAUAGUUCUGUUGAGUUCUCGACUCCUGAUAUGAAUUAAUUAUCCUCUUAGUCACCAUAAUAUUAAUCUUACAAGAGACAAGCGAAUUU